AUGGUCAGCUCCUGUUGUGGCUCUGUCUGCUCUGAGGAGAGCUGUGGCCAAGGCUGCUGCCAGCCCAGCUGCUGCCAGACCACCUGCUGCAGGCCCACCUGCUGUGUGUCCAGCUGCUGCAGACCCAGCUGCUGUCAGUCUGUGUGCUGCCAGCCCACCUGUUGCCGCCCCAGCUGCUGCCGCCCCAGCUGCUGCAUUUCUAGCUGCUGCAGGCCUUCCUGCUGCCGUCCCAGCUGCUGCCGCCCCUGCUGUUGCCGUCCCAGCUGCUGUGUGUCCAGCUGCUGCAGGCCUUCCUGCUACCGCCCCUGUUGCUGCCGUCCCAGCUGCUGCCGCCCCACCUGCUGCAUUUCUAGCUGCUGCAGGCCUUCCUGCUGCCACACCACCUGCUGUCGCCCCACCUGCUGUGUAUCCAGCUGCUGCAGACCCCAGUGCUGCAUCUCCCUCUGCUGCCGCCCCACUUGCUGCCGCCCAGCAUGCUCUAGCUGUUCUUGCUGCUGA